AUGCCUCCGAAAGGACGGAAGCCGGCCUCGGCCACAGCCGGACCCUCGAAAACGCCCGCAGCAGGCCCCUCCAAAUCCGCCGGAGUGAAAAAAGGUCCCAAAGGGGGGAAGCGACCAAGGACAUCAGACGUUCAACCAGAUGUUCAACCCGGAGACCCAACCCCCAAAGGCCGCCGCCACCGGUACAAGCCCGGCACCGUCGCCCUCAAGGAAAUCCGCAAGUACCAACGCUCAUAUGAUCUUCUCCUCCGAAAACUCCCCUUCGCACGAUUAGUGCGCGAGGUCGCAUUGGACCUCCUCCCCGCAGAAGUCGGCGCGGAGCUACGGUGGCAGUCGCAUGCAAUCCUUGCGCUCCAAGAAGCCGCCGAGGCCUUCCUGGUACAUUUGUUCGAAGACACGAAUUUAUGCGCCAUCCACGCGAAACGGGUUACGAUCAUGCAGAAGGAUAUCCAACUUGCGCGUAGAAUUCGCGGGGCGUGGGGUGGUCUAGGCUGA